AUGAAUCAAUUUGAAAAUAUUCCUAGCGAAGUCUUGGAUCAGAUUGUGUUUUUUAUGUCUUCAUCAAAUAGGGAUGUCAUUAAUUUUUCAUCAUGUUGUAAAGUGAUUAGGGAAGAAUUACUUGAAUCAAAUCCAUUGGUCAUUUCCUUGAGAGUAUCUUCCGAUAUUAGAAAAUUAGGAAAUAUUAAUUGUACAAGAAUGAAAGCUCUCAAGAAACAACAAGCCUUUCAAAAACCAAAUGAAAAAGAGUUAAAAGUAAAUAAGAGAAAAUUUGAUGAAUACUCCUCCAAUAACAAAGUAAAAAAAAAGAAAGGUGAUUUGAUCACUCAAAUUACAAAGGCAUUUGAUCUUGGUACAAGUUAUGAUGCUGAUAAACUAAAAGAUAAUGAGGUUGAAGAAUAUAAAUUUGAGAAAUGGUUGACCAAAAAGGUAGAAGGUAAUAUUAAGAACUCAAAAAGAGUAGUUGAACUGAAAACUAGUGCAAUUACCAAAACUGAUGGUAUUAGAUCAUUAUGGAAACGUUUAUUGAAUGAAUACUUUUUAUUCGAAUGUGGAGAGGAAGUUUGUGAAUUAAUUUCCAAACAUGUUUAUCAAAAAGUUGAAUAUUCUACUUGGGAUGUUCAAGAAGACGAGGAUGCCUAUCCAAGAUUUUAUACACGUGAUGGUAAAUUUAACAUUGGAUCAAAUAACUUUUCAUUUGAUUCCAGAGAGGAUGAAAAUGGAUUUGCUUCUUGGAAUUUGAAAUAUGUUGUUGUUGUGCUAUUGUUGGUCAUGAUGAUGAUAAUCGGAUCAAGUGAAUCUUCCUCUGCUUCAUCCAAUAAUAAGAAUGUAAUUCCACAAGCUUUUCCAUCAAGAAUGAUUGGCUAUCCAAUGAGAUUAAAACCAACACAAGAAAUAAUGAGUACACUCAUUGAUUUUGCAAGGAUUAAUAAAUUGAGAGCAGUGAGUAUUCAAGCAGUUGUCGGAUCAGUCACAAAAGCUGUUCUCAGGCUAGCAAAUAAUCAUCACUAUACGACAUUUGAUUCUGGAACGUAUGAAAUUGUUUCUCUCGUUGGAACGAUCAGUGCAAAUUACAAUGAAACAACCAAGGAUUAUUCAGAUAUUAUUCCUCAUAUUCACAUUUCAAUUUCUGAUGGAAAAACUGGACAGACUUUUGGAGGUCAUUUGAUUACAGCAAAUGUUUAUACAACUGCUGAGAUUGUAUUGAAUGAGUUGACUGAUGUAUAUUUUGAAAGACAAGUUGAUCCUGAAACUGGAUUUGAUGAAUUGAUUAUUGUUCCAAGAAAAUAG